AUGACCCGAGAAGACCAUCAAUUGACCACGAUUAUGCAUAAUGGAAGAAUGUACAACGUUGAUAUGGCCAAAUUGCGGGAAAUUUCUCCUAAAAUAAAAUCACUAUCACAAAAACAACCAAUUCAACUAGAUUUGAGUGACAAUAAAUACACCGAAGAUAUAUUUAGUUAUUUUAUAAGGUUAGUUAAUGAUGAUGGUAGUGAUGCAAUUGAUCCAUCACUUGCACCGAAACUUGUUAAUUUAAUCCAGGAUUGGGAAGCAAAUAGUUUAAUAUCUAAACUCGAACUUCGAGUCCUAUCAUCUUCAGAUAAGAGUUUAUUAAUUAAUUAUAUCAAAUAUUGUCCUGAUUCUUUCCAUGGUCUACGAUCAUACUUGGAUUUACACAUAGAUCAGUUUUGUUCAUAUCCAGAACUAUUCGAUUUACCGUUAAGUUUGCUAUUUACAUGCUUAAAAACUCAAAAACUACCAGAAAUGACUAGCUAUUCUUUUAGUCACCAAUAUUUAGAUAUUUAUGAAACAUCUAAAGAGCUUAAAAGCCAAGAAGAAGACCUUAAUCAGCAAAAACUGAAAUUAGAAGCACAAGUUAGUCAAAUUAAACAAAAAACGACUGAUUUAGACUUAGAAAACCAACGAGUACAGAAACAAAAUGCUGAUUUAGAGCAAGAGAUAGAAAAGCUAAAGCAGCAAUUACAAGAAAAGAAGAAGAUAGUAACUCAACUUCAAUCUAAUAUUAAAGCAGAGACAAAGGUUAUGCAAGAGGCACAAAAGAAUGCUGAGAAGGCUACUAAUGAACUUAACAAUGCUAGAAACAGACUUGAAAAACUAAGAAUUCAAUACGAAAAAUUGCAAAUUCAAUAA